GUCUUUUAAUUCAAACUAAUAUUCUCAACCUUAAUCCAUACAUUAGAAAAAGGCGAAAAAAUCAUAACCUUGAACUCUCAAGUCCAUUCAAACAUCAAUCACUAAGAUGAUGAUGAUCGUAAUCAUUCUCGCGAGUUUUCUUUUCAUUUCUUUGUUAGUGAUCUUCGUUAGGAUCGUUACGAAGCUAUUAUGGACUCCAUUUUAUGUACAAUUUAUGAUGAGAUAUCAAGGUAUACAAGGUCCUUGUUACAAGUUCCUACAUGGAAACUUCAAAGAGAUUGAUGAAAUGAAAAAAGUGUCUAUAAACAAAGCCAUGGAUCACUUGUCACAUGACAUAUUUCCAAGAAUUCUACCUCAUAUAUUUUCUUGGAAGAAACUAUAUGGGCCAAAUUUUCUCUACUGGUAUGGACUGCAACCUGAACUAGUAGUGACUGAACCAGAACUUCUCAAAGAAAUACUGAGCAAUAGAAACAACAAUUAUCCCAAAAUGGAUCUUGAAGGCUUUCCCAAGAAGCUUUUCGGAGAUGGGGUUGCGUCAUCUAAAGGCGAAAAAUGGGUAAAAAUGAGGAAACUAGCUAACCAUGUUUUUCAUGGAGAAAGCCUAAAAAGUAUGAUUCCGAUGAUGAUUAUGAGUUGUGAGACAAUGCUCGAACGUUGGAAGAUUUAUGAAGAUAAAGGAAUUGAAGUGUUUGAAGAGUUUAGGCUAUUAACAUCAGAGAUCAUUUCCAGGACUGCUUUUGGAAGUAGUUACUCAGAAGGAAAGAACAUAUUUCAAAUGCUGAUGAAGUUAGCUUCACUAGUUUCUGGAAAUGCUAACAAAGUUAGAUUUCCAGGCAUCAGUCAAAUAUGGAAAAGCUGUGAUGAAAUAGAGUCAGAGAAACUCGAGAAGGGGAUACAUGACUGCAUUACUCGAAUAAUAAAGAAAAGAGAAGAGGAAGAGGAAGAUCAUAACUUUGGAAGCGAUUUCCUUGGAAAACUCCUAGAGGCUUAUCAAGAUAACAGAAUAUUGAUAGAAGAUAUAGUUGAUGAGUGCAAGACGUUUUAUUUUGCUGGUCAUGAGACGACAACUAUAUUGCUUGGAUGGACAAUGUUCUUGCUAGCUACAAACAAGAAGUGGCAAGAAAAAGCAAGAAAAGAAGUUGUUGAAUCAUUUGGCCAUAAUGUACCUAAUGCAGAUGGACUAUCAAGACUGAAAACUAUGAACAUGAUUCUCGAUGAAUCUCUAAGAUUGUAUCCUCCAGUACCAUUCAUCAAAAGGAAAGUUGACAACAAAGUAGAGCUAGGAAAGCUAACUUUACCAGGUGAAAUGCAUUUCUAUAUAUCACCAUUAGCACUUCAUCAUGAUCGUAAAAUAUGGGGAGAAGACGUACAUGUUUUCAGACCAGAUAGAUUUGCUGAAGGAGUUGUUAAAGCUACAAACAACAAUCCAGUAGCAUACCUGCCAUUUGGCUAUGGACCUCGAACUUGUUUAGGCUUGAACUUUGCAAUGACAGAAGCAAAAAUUGCUCUUUCAAUGAUUCUACAACGUUAUAUGUUCACAAUGUCACCAACUUAUGUUCACUCUCCUGCUCAGCUUUUUAUGCUACGUCCACAGCAUGGAGUUGAAGUCAUUCUUCACAAAAUUUAAGAUGUAUAUAAAGAUGAAGAGGGAUUGAUUAUUGGUUUAAUCUGAAGUGUAAUUGUACUUAUAUUUGUCCAAACAAAUAAAAACUAUGUAUUUAUUUGGAA